GGUUCUUCAAGUCACAUGCGUGAAUUUUUAGCGCCAAGGAUUUUCUAAAUUCUGCCUGUUCAGCAAAACCUGGAAUUCCAAGUGCCAUGGAUGAUUGGAAUGACACUAGAACCAAGCUAUUGACUCUUCUAAACGUCAGCCAUCUCAAGUCCACCAAACGGAAACUGGAAGAGAACCCAGAAGCUGCAGAAUCCUUCGAAGCACCGAGGGAGCAACGCGUUAAGCUCAAUCAGCGUCGGAAGGUAGUCUUGACGGACAAUGGUGUGGAAAAACCGGAAGGCGAAGAGGUUGGAGAGGGCGUAGGGGGUCCUACGACAUCCCAAGUGGAAGAAGCUAUCGAGGAGGCUGAUGACCAGCUUAACAAUGCCGGUGACGCUGGUGAAACUAUCGAAGAUGAUUGUGAUCCUGAUGUCUUCGAUCCUUUUCUACUCCAUUUUGGAGCAAAGCCUACUCAUCUGUCCGAAUCCUCACGCAAAGCUGUUGAGGGUGGAUUGUGGAAACGGAACACAUUGGGACCAAGGAAGAUUCCUCAAUAUAAUUCUACCCAUAAUGCUGUGGAACAAGUUCCUCUUGAUGAUGAUUCAGAAGGAAGUCCGUCCGAGCCAAGCAUACCGCCAGCGAGUUACAAGAGCUUUAUGCACCCGAGGUUGUACUCGGCAUUCGACCAACUUUACCAAUCUUCCUCGAAAGAUACGCAACCUUUACUAGCAACGAUGUUUGAUGCAUCUGUCAAGUCAAUGGACGUGCAGGUCUCCAGGGUAAAAGUGUCCCAACACGAAUCGACAAGGAAUUUUGCGAGUUUGCUCGCGUUAAACCACAUCAUAAAAUGUACAGAUUUAAUCAGCAAACAUGACGAAAUCCUAGCAGCCAGGUCAAAGGCUUCCAAACCACUUGGCCCAGACGAGGAAGACGAAUUCCGUGACCAAGGCUUCACACGACCGUCCGUCCUCAUUCUCCUACCGUUCCGGAAUUCCGCUCAAGCAGUAGUCAAACAUUUCGCCGAGCAUUUCCGCUCCAUGUGGUCCUCAGAGAGCAGUAAAGUCCGCGUGCAGAACUUUGAAAAAUUCAUCUCGCAAUUUUCACUGCCCGAAGAGGCAACGAAUAAGCUAGCGGAAUCGGCACCUGGAGCCUUUCCCGCUGAUCAUGUCCAUACGUUUGUGGGUAACGUCGACGAUAACUUCAAGAUUGGUAUCAAGUUGUCGAAAAAAACCAUGCGUUUAUACGAGCAUUUCUAUGGGUCACACUUGAUCAUCGCGAGCCCUUUGGGGUUAAGGCUAGUUAUCGAGGAGGAAGGAUCUGAUUUCCUGUCGUCCAUCGACAUUGCAAUUCUGGACCAGGUGGAUACUUUCACGAUGCAGAAUUGGGAUCACGUCAAGUUUGUCAUGUCUGAGCUUAACAAAAUUCCCAAGGACUCCCAUGACGCUGAUUUCUCGCGUGUAAAGGGUUGGCAUCUGGACGGUCAUGCCAAGCACCUGAGGCGAACCAUUAUGAUGACAUCGUAUGAGACACCCGAGAUCCGAUCAUUAUUCACUUCGCUACAGAAUGUGUGUGGGAGAGUGAGGACAACACAUUCUUGGGAGGGUGUCAAAGUCCCCGAGGGUAUCGAGCAGUCUUAUGUACGGUUCGAAGCUAGCAAUGCAGUGGACGAACCAGACAAACGGCUCGAUUAUUUCACCCAAAAGCUCGUCCCGGCGGUUCUUAAAUCAGCAGUACAGAGUUCGGGAACCGUUAUUUUCAUCCCAUCUUACUUUGGCUUCGUCCGAGUCAAGAACUGGCUGAGGGAAAACAAACACAUCAAAUGUGUCUUCGUUUCCGAACAUACCUCAAACCCGGAUAUUCAACGAGCCAGACAGGAAUUUGCCUCGGGAAAGAAAGACUUCCUCGUCGUCACUGAGCGACAUCAAUUUUUCCGAAGGAGUCGAUUUAAGGGUACCAGGAACAUCAUCUUUUAUGGACCUCCGGACCAUCCCCAGUUCUACUCCGAGUUGCUGUCGUGGCCAUUCUUAGAACGGGGGGUCGAAGGUUCGGAUGUCACGGUAAAGGUAUUGUAUUCGAAGUAUGAUGCAAUGCAGUUAGAACGGAUUGUAGGCACCCACGCAGUGGCGCCAUUAAUUCGUGGAGAGAAUGAUCUGUAA